AUGAACCCUUCUAACCCGAGGAAUCGUACCGUCGCCUGUGUAUCUUGUCACAAGUCAAAAGUAAAAUGUAUUCAAGAAGACCCUGACAAGCCUUGUUUACGAUGCCAGAAAUCAGGCAAAGAAUGUAUCAUUGAUCCUAAGCAGCUCAAGAAACGUCAAAAGUUGAAUGCUACUAUCCCUCAAUAUGAAGAACAGAUUAAGAAGUUGAUGGAAGAGCUACGACAGAAGGAUGAAGUGAUCUCAAGUCUAUCAUAUUCUAAAAAUCGUACGGCCUUACACUUACCUCUGGAGACUGGUGAUAUCCAAGACAAAUCAUCUAUUCCAUCACCGCCAGAUCUCAACAAAACUAAUGCAGGUAAAACACUUAUUUCUUCUAUAAUAAAUACUCCUCUGCCCGAUGAGGAAGUCUCGAAUACAUUGGAGAAGUCUGGAAAUGCGGUGAACCUUUCAGCCGCUUCUUCUGUCACCUCAGCCGUUCGCGAUGAUUCUCAGAUCAAGCCUAACAAUACAACAGCCACAGCCAAUAUGCAGUCAGGACAAAGCAUCAAACAAGCAAAUAAUCACUUUCUUCCCAAUUUUUACCAACAACAGCAAGCACAUGCUUCAUACAUCCUUAACUGUCAAACUCAGCAAAACUUGAUCUCUGAACUUCGAUCGAUCAAUUCCAUCAACUUACAGAAAUAUUAUAAUGUUUCUUCUACAUUCUCAUCAAUCGGUAAGCAACGUGAGGCGAUUUUAAGAGUUGAUUAUUUGGCGGAAACCGAUGUUAUUGGUAAGGGGCUCUUGACGGCAGAGGAAGUGAGAUCUAGAUUGAAUUUAUACAUGACACACAUGUACUCUCGAUUCUCAGUCGUGUCUAUAUUUGAUGAGUCUAAUAAUGAUAAUAACAGUACUUCGCAGCUCACUGUUGACGAAAACUUUGAUAUUGAGGAAUUCCGCAGGAAAUCUCCAUUUUUAUUUAUUGUUAUCCUUGCGAUUUCUUCAAUUAUUAUCCCAAGCACACAAGUACAUGUUAACCUUCAGUUGGUUAUCAAAGCAACAGAGAUUCUUAGUCAUGAGGUUUUGAUCGUUGGUAGUAAAUCUAUUGAGUUAUUACAAAGUAUGUUGUUGAUGUGUAUUUGGUACGACUCAGGUGAAUUGUUUCAACAUAGAAGGUAUCAUCUUGUGAACUCGCUUUGUGUUUCCAUGGCCCAAGAUCUUGGGUUGAGCGGAAAGCUUACCUAUUACUUUUCAAAAAUAGAAAAUAUUGUCAAGAGGGCCCCAUUAAGUGAUGUUUCCCAGUCUCUCCAUAGUCGGAAAUUAGCAUUGACAGUUUAUGUUACAAAUUUGUCAUUUUGCAUGUUUUUGAAAAGAGAAAGUGCUCUGAAAUGGACUUCAUACUUAGAAGAAUGCUAUGAAAUCUUGGUUCAUACUGAGGAACAAAAACACAACAAUUAUAAGAAAUUGGCGAUUUUUGCCAAGAUGCAUAGUUGCUUUGAAAAAGUGUAUCAAACUUUGCACCGCUCUGAAUUUGAUCCCUUCAAUGUCAAUGAUGCAAGAAGCAGAUACAUUAUUACUGAUUUGUAUAAUUCUUUACUUCAAGUUAAGAGGCAAAUUCCAGAAGAUGAUCAUUGCUUUUUGAUGUAUUAUUACUCAAUUGAAGCUUACCUUUUCGAACCAUCUUUGCAUAGAGUGUUGCUUAGUGACAAUAACGUUGGGAAAACUGCUAAACCAAAUUCUGCCGAUAAAGACAAAGAUGACUCUGCUGAUAGUAAAAACAACAACCAAAUACAAUUUUCAACACAUAUGAUUGCUGCCAUUGGGAACUGUGCCAAUAGUUGCAUUAAAGGAAUCAUGUGCUACAAGAAACUUACUUACGAACAAGUAGCAUCUUUACCACUAAUAGCACAGACAAGAAUUUUCUAUAUUUGCGGGAUGUUGAUUAGAUUAAGAUAUUUAUCUUUGAUGGGACCUAAGUUCUCCGAGUUGGCCAUUUUGCCAGAUACGCUUCUUACUAACAUUCAUGACUUUCUUGAGAUAAACUAUAAUGUUAGUAAAAGCUAUCCAUACAAUUAUUUUCUACCCAAAUCUCGCUUAGUUUUGAUCUUAGCAUUACAGACAUAUCUGACACAAGUCAAAGAAACCUUACAGAACAAGUAUAAUAUCACUAGUGAUAAUAUCAAUGAUUUUGAUAAUCAAAAACCGUAUGACCCAGAAAUUAACGAUGAAUUGAUUGCUAACUCCCAAAUGAAUCCUUCGGAUAUUAGACCGUUAACACACGCUGCAUUAUGGUCGCCUCACAACCGCCGUAUUGUGAACCAUUAUCAACAACCACCCCAAAAACCAGCCGCGGAACAUGCAGGUGCUGAAAAUUUACCAAAUCCUUUCGAAUUUAAUAGAUCAUCUUCAGCAUCUUAUAAUACUAACGCCGCGUUCCCUAUAUUGGGCAGCAAUUCCAACUUGCCUAGGCAAUCCCUCAGGGAUAUUUACAAUGAUCCAGUCUUCAAUACAAAUCCUGCAUCUGCUACUAUGCGGAUUGUUGAUUCCAAUGCUACUAAUCUGCCACAAACUGGAACACCUGUUGGGGGAAUUGUUAGCACCGCCAAUCCUGAUGCUCAUGCUCCGGUUAUCAAUGGCAGAUUUGAAGGCUCGCUGGCUGAUGGUGUUGUGCGCUCUCCAGUGGAAAGAGAAAACAUGGGAACCGCCAGCGCCACUAAUAACAUAAAUCUAAUUGAUUUCUUGUUUGAUAAUAGUGGGACGGCCAAUAACGUUGGUAUCAACCAGCCUACUGGAACAAAUAAUGGACUUGCUUCUACCGCUGCUGGGAAAAAUAAUGGGGAUAACAAAGGAAUGUUUGCAGCAGCAGCCCUGGUUAAUGGAAAUCCCUCAAAUGUUCCUCUCAAACCCUCAAUGGACAUGCUCCUGACUACUUCCGAUGCCUUGGCUAAUUGUAACUUGGAAGGCAAGCCAGAAUCCUAUUCCUACUGGACUUUGAACGAUAAUAUUUGGAAUGACUUGCUCAUGGGUGUUGACUUUGGGUCCAACGGAGCAUUGGGCAAUAAUUUCUACGCUAAUAGCUUUGGAAAUUUCGGGACUAUUAAUGAUAACAAUACCAGCAAUGAUAGUAGUAAUAACAAUAAUGGGAAUGCUACUGGUAUAUAA